AUGCCGGGGCCAAGGGAGGAGGACGCCGGCCCCCUGAAGUCCCUGGCACGCACGGCGGAGUUCUGGGCCCGCGCGUCGGGCAUCUACCUGAGCUACAAGGUCGCCCAAGCGCGCGCCAGGGCGAGGGGGAUCUUGGGGGCGCAGCAGGAGGCGAUCCAGAGGGACCUGUGGGAGCCGCACAACCAGUGGGCGGGGCAGCAGCUGUACAACCUAUGCGUGGACCUUCGGGGAUUCUACCUGAAGGCUGGCCAAUUCUUGGGCGCCCGCGGGGACUUCAUUCCGGAGCCUGUGUGCAGGCAGCUCUCGAAACUUCACGAUCAAGUACCACCAAUGCCAGCUCAAGAAGCAGAGGCCGUGCUGAAGAAGGAGCUGUGUGUUGAAGACAUCGGAGAGGUGUUCGAGUGGGUAGAUUUUGAGAAGCCACUUGGCUCAGCAUCAAUAGCACAGGUUCACAAGGCAAAGCUGAGGCAUGCGAAACGAAACAGUGUCAAACAGCACCGUGGCGUGGAGAGGAGUCAAAGCUACAUUGUGAAAAAUGGGGAACAAGCAUGGGACAUAUGUAAUCACCACGGGAUCACUUUUGAUCACCUGAUGAAAUCCAACAGAGGUAUUGAUGUGCGCCGCCUGGCUGGUGGGCAGGUGAUCAACCUUCCGAUCCCAGAGACAUUGCGAGGGGGCGAUGGUACUGCUUUGGCAGGAGGUUUGUCAGCCCCUGAGGCUGCAGCUCGAGCAAUGUUGGGCGACGAUCCCCCUAAGGAUGGCACAGUUGCUGUAAAGCUCCAGUACCCAGGUGCCCUGAAGAUUAUGAAACAAGAUCUCAAGAACAUCCGUAAAUGGGCAGCCUUCCUGUCCAAGACAGAAAUCAAGUUCGACAUGGUGUCUGCAGUGGAAGAGCUGCAGCGUCAAAUACAGCUGGAGUUCAAUUUCGAAAGGGAAGCGCGUGUGAUGGACAUCAUCGCUCAGAACCUGCGCUCCAUAUCGAAGCGAGUAAUUAUUCCCAGGAGCGUUCCUGGGCUCGUUACUCCAAGGUUGCUUGUGAUGCACUAUGUGAAUGGCAUUCCACUUCGAUCGCUACAGUCGCGAACUGCUGGCUUGUCCCUACGGAAGCAGCGAAUCGCCAAGCGAAGAAUACUGUCCCGAGUUUCCGAAGCAUACGGGCGAAUGAUAUUGAUUGAUGGACUGUUCCAGGCUGAUGGUCACCCAGGUAACAUCUUGGUGUUGGAGGGUGGCAAAGUUGCCCUGCUGGAUUAUGGGCAGUCAAAACAGCUUGGUGAAGAAGAACGCAGAUUGUUUGCAAAUCUUGUGCUUGCAUUGAACAGGUGUAAUGUGCAGGACAUUGAUGGAGCACUGAAAGAUCUUGGAGUCGUCACGGAACGGGAUGACAAGGACCUGCGUGCUCGCAUGGCCCAUGGCAUGUUCAACACCAUUGGCAGGGUUGAUCCCUUUGACAAAAGUAGCCCCAUCAAGAGCAGUGGCAUCACCCACUUUCCCCCUGACUACUAUCUCAUCUUGCGUGUCGUCCAGUUGCUGAGGGGUAUGAAGCAGGGGAUGGACAUCGGAGAAUUCAGCUGUGCGUCCCAAUGGAGCCCCUUUGCACGGGAGGCACUGAAGCAGCUUUAG